AUGGCUCUUUCUGACAAAACACCCUCGUCUACAGCUGUACUGAGGUCCUCUCUUGCUCUAGCGUCGUUCCAUCGUGAUGAGGCACUCGUUUCAACGGCAAAAUCCAAGGUCGCUGCACUGAGGGCCUUGGCUGAGUCGACACAAGGUUUCAUUGGCGUAAGCGACUCAGCUUGCCAUAUCGGCGCUGGUAUUUUGUUGAGCUCUCUAGAGAUACAACAGAAUUCGACAACGUCGAGCCACUGGCUUUGGUACGCCUGUGGCGCCACUAAAAUUGUUAAAACAGCUGGACUUGAUGAGAUCAAAACAGAUAGAGAUUUGACAUCACUUACAGGAUGGGUUCAUUAUUUCAACACCAUGGCUAAAUUCAGCCUGCGUCAUUGGCAACCAGACUUUGUCCUUGAAGCUGAUAGUUCCACUGACGUCAGGUUCGACACAUUUCACCCAGCUGUUUGUUCGAAUGGACAGCCAGCAAAUCUUACAGGAUUCCCACACGAAAUACUGUAUUUACUCACUGAAGUGUUUAACUCUGUGACAGUGGCGUCUGAUCCACGGCAAAACACAGCAGAAUACAGGAAUCGACUCCAGACACUCGAUUACAAGCUACAGCAUUUCGCUGCUUAUGGAAGGACUAAUAUCGACACGAAUGACAACCAGCCCGCCUUUAAUAUGGCAGUUGAGCUAUUUCGGUUGUCCACUUUAAUAUACCUCAGGCGUGCAUCCGCCGGGAUACUUGAACUGGGUAAGAACUUCAAUGACUGGGUUGAUCAAGCCUUUGUAUUACUUGCCUAUCUACCAGUUUGCCAAUGGCCGUUUCCGUUAUUCAUAUUUGGUUGCGAGGCACGCGAUGAUGGAAGGCGGAUGAUUCUGCUUGAUCUCAUACAAAGGACCUUCAGGGAUGGGCGAUACAGAAGCCUAGCACCAAUCAAGAGAUUGAUAGAGAUCAUGUGGGUGCAGCAGGAUCUGUUGGAUGAUGACUUGGAUUAUGUUCGCAAACUUGGUGUUAUUUUGAGCUCUACUCAGAAAUCUGUUCCAGCAUUUCUAUAG